AUGACCUGCACCAUACUGCAAAUGCUGCAAUAUUAAGAUUAUUCACAUUAAAAGAAUGGUGUGAGCGUGAAGCAACGUCACAAGAAGGUGAAGGAAUGCAUCGAGAUUUAAUAUUAAGAUGGAUAGAGUUACAAGCAUUAUUAUUAUCACCAAUUGGUCUGAAUAUAUAUGGAGAUGGAUUUAUAGUAAAUGCAUCAUUCCCUUCACCAUCAGAACCUAAAAAGGGUAGUAAGGCAGAUAAUUUUGAUCCCAAUAAACCUAAAUCUCUUAAAUUGUUUGUUGCAACAAAAUUUCCAGAGUGGCAAGGUUUGGUGGUUGAAGCUAUAAAACAAAAUUAUGAUGAGGAAUCCAAUUCAUUUGAUGAUGGAUAUAUUCAAUCAGAUAUUGUGAAUGCCGAGGAAGUUUCAGAAGAAAAAAGAUUAACAGAGUUUGCAGUACCUGGAGAGCCAGGAAUUUUCUUUAAGAAUAUAUAA